AUGUCAGCUGGAAAUGUCAUCUUGCAACCAGCCGUGUCAGCGGCUUGUCAGUGGGAGUUUUUGUCGAUCAACGAUUAAAACAUUACAAGAAAUUCGUUGAUUUAAAAUCAGUGCAUAACUAGUGAUUUAAGCGACGAGCACCAUGACGGACUCGAAGUACUUCACAACCACGAAGAAGGGCGAAAUCUUCGAGCUGAAAUCCGAACUCAACAAUGAUAAGAAAGAAAAGAAGAAAGAGGCAGUUAAGAAGGUAAUUGCCAGCAUGACAGUUGGCAAGGAUGUCUCAGCACUAUUUCCUGAUGUAGUCAACUGCAUGCAAACUGACAACUUGGAACUAAAGAAGUUGGUUUAUCUAUAUCUGAUGAAUUAUGCAAAAUCCCAACCUGAUAUGGCCAUCAUGGCUGUGAAUACUUUCGUGAAAGAUUGUGAAGAUCCCAAUCCGUUGAUCAGGGCACUUGCUGUUAGAACAAUGGGAUGCAUCAGAGUUGAUAAGAUCACUGAAUAUCUCUGUGAGCCACUUCGCAAAUGUCUUAAGGAUGAAGACCCUUAUGUUCGAAAAACUGCAGCUGUUUGUGUGGCAAAGCUGUAUGACAUAUCAUCUGGCUUGGUUGAGGAUCAAGGAUUCCUGGAGCAAUUGAAAGACUUACUCAGUGAUUCCAACCCAAUGGUGGUAGCUAAUGCUGUGGCAGCACUAAGUGAGAUCAAUGAGAACAGCCCAACAGGAGCACCUCUAGUUGAACUCAAUACCAACACCAUCAACAAGCUGCUGACUGCACUUAAUGAAUGCACUGAAUGGGGCCAGGUGUUUAUCCUUGACUCAUUGAGCAAUUACUCCCCGAAGGAUGAGCGUGAAGCGCAGAGCAUUUGCGAGCGUAUUACUCCUAGACUUGCGCACGCCAAUGCUGCUGUCGUACUUUCUGCCGUGAAGGUAUUAAUGAAAAUGAUGGAGAUGCUUGCCGGCGAUGCAGACUUCUGCGCCACGUUGGCAAAGAAACUCGCACCACCAUUGGUGACAUUGCUCAGCAGUGAACCAGAGGUACAAUACGUCGCGCUGCGCAACAUCAACCUCAUCGUCCAGAAGCGUCCGGACAUUCUCAAGCAUGAGAUGAAAGUAUUCUUUGUCAAAUACAACGAUCCCAUCUAUGUGAAACUCGAGAAGCUAGACAUUAUGAUUCGUCUGGCAUCUCAAGCAAACAUCGCGCAAGUACUCAGUGAGUUGAAGGAGUACGCCACCGAAGUCGACGUUGACUUUGUGCGCAAAGCAGUGCGUGCCAUUGGUCGAUGCGCCAUCAAGGUGGAACCGUCAGCGGAGAGGUGCGUCUCCACGCUACUGGAUCUCAUCCAGACGAAGGUCAACUACGUCGUGCAGGAGGCUAUCGUUGUCAUCAAGGAUAUAUUCAGGAAGUACCCGAACAAGUACGAGAGUAUUAUUAGCACGCUGUGUGAGAACCUUGAUACUUUGGAUGAACCGGAAGCGAAGGCUUCCAUGGUGUGGAUUAUUGGUGAAUACGCCGAGCGUAUUGAUAAUGCUGAUGAGCUGUUGGACUCGUUCCUGGAGGGAUUCACCGACGAGAAUGCUCAAGUGCAGCUGCAGCUGCUCACCGCUGUGGUGAAACUUUUCCUCAAGAGGCCGACGCACACGCAGUCGCUUGUCCAACACGUGCUUAGUCUCGCAACGCAGGACUCUGAUAAUCCUGACCUACGUGAUCGUGGUUUCAUCUACUGGCGUCUCUUGAGUACAGAUCCGGCUGGCAAAGAGGUGGUGCUUGCUGACAAACCUCUGAUUUCGGAGGAGACUGAUCUAUUAGAACCGACGUUGUUGGAUGAGCUCAUUUGUCACAUUGCUUCGUUGGCGAGUGUUUACCAUAAGCCACCGACCGCGUUUGUAGAGGGACGCAGUGCCGGCAUUCGCAAAACAUUACCGGUACGUCAGGGUUCCGCGGAUGAUAGCAGUGCUCAAGCGGAGGCGACUGUUAUUCCCAAUCAAGACAGUCUUAUUGGUGAUUUGCUUUCGAUGGAUAUUGGUGGUACUCCUGCCGCACCCUCUUCAGCUGCAGCACCUGCGCCCAGUAAUGUAGACCUACUUGGAGGAGGGCUUGAUAUUUUGUUGGGUGGAGGUGACUUGACAGGUUCUGCCCCUGCACCAGCACCAACCAAUUCCGGUCUACUUGGUGACAUUUUCGGCAUAACCACCGCGCCUACUAUGUAUACCCCACCGAAAUCCUGCUGGUUGCCUGCUGAGAAGGGCAAAGGUCUUGAGAUCUGGGGAACCUUUACAAGACGAGGCGGCGCACUGUAUAUGGAUAUGACACUCACCAACAAGGCGAUGCAAGCUAUGAGCGGCUUCGCAGUGCAAUUCAACAAGAACAGCUUUGGUCUGGCACCUGCUUCGCCCAUUACCGCUGGGCCACUCCCACCAGGCCAGAGUCUCGAACAUGCUCUACCGUUGAAUACUUCUGGACCGGUGCAGCGCAUGGAACCACUCACUAAUCUUCAAGUGGCGGUGAAGAACAACGUCGACGUAUUCUACUAUGCAUGUGCCGUUCCUAUUCAGAUUCUUUUUGCCGACGAUGGACAGCUGGAUAAACGCUUUUUCCUAACCACAUGGAAGGAUAUUCCUGCCGCCAAUGAAGUGCAGUACACCUUGAACGACGUCCGCGGCACCGCUGAUGUAGUUGCGGCGCGCAUGACCGCCAACAAUGUGUUUACCAUCGCAAAACGUAACGUCGAAGGUCAAGACAUGUUAUAUCAAAGUCUCAAGCUCACAAACAACAUUUGGGUCCUACUGGAGCUCAAAUUGCAGCCGGGAGUGCAGCAUGCUACGCUCAGUCUCAAGACAAAGAGCACUGAGGUGUCGGCGGCCAUCUUCCAGGCAUACGACCAGAUUAUUCGCAACGCUUAGAAAGUGUAAGUCAGUGUAGGUGUCUCACAUUCCCCUCGUAUUGUAUUUCUCUAUUAUCCAAGUGUAUCAAAAGUUAGGUUAUGCUCGUACUUGUAUAUGAGGAAAUUAUUUAAAGUGAUCGUUUUGUGUAUCGACACUUUCAAUGUUAUCGCUAUAUAGCUACAAAUUAUAAACGUAUCAUAAUAA